GAAAACUACAAUUUAAAGAGGAGGAAGCAGCAGCACGGCGCUUUGUGUACCUCCUCUUAGCAAAGAUGGCUCAAGGCUCACAGAAGUUUAAAGCGCAGCGGCCUGGAGCCUCGAAGAAACACCAACAAAACAAACAGAAAGGACCGAAGAAAGGAGGGAGGAUAAUUGCACCAAAGAAGGCUCAAGUGGUUGAGCAACAGAAGCUGAAGAAGGGUCUUGAGGUUGCCAUCAGGAACAAGAUUGAGCAGGAGGUGACCCACAGGGCAAGCUUAUCCCUCCACAAGUCACUGAGUGUGGUUAAAGGGGCUGACAGUAAAGGCAACCCAGGAGCAGCCCAUCCAGGAACCAGCUCCAAAUAGGAACUGAUACACAUCCACAUACCUACAGACCUGAGGCUGACUGUGCUAAAUUUAAGACUUAGUCAUGGGAUCAGUGACCUACAUUGUCCCCAUGACUCAGAUUUAAGAUGCAUGCCAGCUGUCCUGUUGUCUUUUAUUCUUUAAUGUUUCAGCUGACUUCAGGCAAAUACUUUUCUUGUACAGAUACUAAUUAUUAGUUUUUCAGUUUACAAAGAAAUGUAUAAAAUAAGAGAACACGUUCUGCACAUGAUAAUAUGUAUAACUGUGUGAUGCAAGUAACAUAAACCUCCACUAGGGGGCACUACAGGACUUUAUUGGCUCUCAUGGAGUUUCUUAUUUGGUUGCUUCUUCUUUAUUAAAAUCCUGUAGUAGUAAUUACUUUACACAAACUUUGUACCACCCAUAAGUCCAUCAUGUUGUUGUAUGAUUGUACAGAAAAAAAUAUAAUCAGAGGAAAAGUGAGGGUGAAAAGUG